AUGGCAGUAUUAGUGGUACUGCCUCAGGUGCUGUGCAAGGUCCCUAGGGCUAAAUGCACCAUUAGUGAGCCUCUUCCCAUUCUUCACAAGUACUAUCAACCAGGAGACUUCAUCACUGGUGGCAUUAUUUCUCAGAUCUACAUGUUUUCCGCUCCAAUUACCUUUGAAAAGCAGCCCUCUCAGGAACGCUUUGAAGACCUUGUGAUAUUGACUCACAACUACCAGCACAUCCUGGCCUUGGUAUUUGCAGUAAAGGAGAUUAAUGAAAAUCCUCAGUUCUUGCCCAACGUCAGUUUGGGCUUCAACAUCUAUAAUAGCCUUUUCCUUGCAAGCUGGACUUUCCUUGCCUCAAUGGAACUUCUCUCCACACGGAACAAAUUCAUCCCUAACUACAAAUGUGACAUCCACAAUGCUCUAGUAGGACUCAUUGGGGGACCGAACUCUGAAGUCUGCCUCCACAUGGCAACCACACUGGGCAUCUACAAGAUUCCACAGCUCAUCUAUGGCUCUGCUCCAGUGAUGAAAGACAAAUCUCAAGCUGUUUUCUUCCACCGGAUGUUCCCAGAUGGGACAGAACAGAAUAUGGGGAUUCUCAAGGUCCUGCUGCAUUUCAGAUGGGUCUGGAUAGGGAUGGUUUUUCUUGAUGAUGAUAAUGGAGAAAUGUUUGUACAGAAUGUGCUUCCCAUAUUUGAACAGCAUGGGAUCUGUUUUGAGUUCUUAGAAAGGAUUCCCAAAAUAUCUUUUUCAGAUAGCAUGGCUGAAACAGGAGCAGAGUGGUUUCAAACAUCUCAUGUCAUCACGGGAAGCACUGCCAAUGCCUUCCUCAUUCAUGGUGAAAUUCAGACCAUUAGUGUUUUAAGAAUGCUGUUCCACUUCUCUAAAUUUGAAUGUAUACCCAUCAAGAGCAAAGUCUGGAUUAUGACAGCUCAGAUGGAUUUCACUUCACUUGGGUUUCAAAGAACUUGGGAUAUACAUUUCAUCCAAGGUGCGAUAUCCUUUGCAGUUGACUCAAAGGAGGUUUGGGGAUUCCAGAAAUUUCUUCAGUUAAGAAACCCUGCCAAUGAAAAAGAAGAUGGAUUCAUAAAGAGCUUUUGGGAGGAGGCAUUUAACUGUUCUUUAGACAAGGAAAAUGGGGGAACCUGUACUGGGGAGGAGAAACUGGAGACUCUUCCUGUGUCUGUUUUUGAUAUGAGCAUGAGUGGCCACAGUUACAGCAUCUACAAUUCUGUCUAUGCUGCGGCCCAUGCUUUGCAUGCCAUUUAUUCAAUGAAAUCAAAGCAGAGAACAAAGAUGGAACAUGUGAGACAGAAUCUGAUGCAUGAACAGCCAUGGCAGUUACACCAGUUCCUGAGAGGCACCUCAUUUAAGAACAAUGCUGGUGAAAAUGUCUCCAUUGAUGAGAAUGGGGAAAUAAUAGCUGGAUUUGACAUCAUCAACUGGGUGACAUUCCCAAACCAGUCCUUUCUGAAAGUCAAAGUUGGAAGGGUAGACCCAAAGCCUUCCUCAGCCAAAGUGUUCAUUAAUGAGGAUGCCAUUGUAUGGCCCAGCAGAUUCAAGCAGGAAAUACCUCGCUCCAUGUGCAAUGACAACUGUCAUUUCGGUUAUAGUAAAACCAAGAAAGAAGGGAAGCCAUUUUGUUGCUAUGACUGUCUUCUGUGCCCCAAAGGGAAGAUAUCAAACCAGACAGACAUGGAUGACUGUUUUCAGUGCCCAGAAGAUCAGUUUCCAAAUAAUGUCCAGGAUUUAUGCAUUCCAAAAUAUAUAGUGUUUUUGUCUUAUGGAGAGCCUUUGGGUAUCACUUUUGCCAUUGUUGCUCUUUCCAUUUCGUUUAUCACAGCUUUGGUGCUUGGGAUCUUCAUUAAGUACCAGGACACUCCUAUAGUGAAAGCAAACAACCGGAACCUCACCUACACGCUCCUCCUCUCCCUCCUCCUCUCCUUCCUUUGUACCUUCCUAUUCAUUGGCCGACCUGAGAAGAUGACAUGUCUCCUUCGACAAAUUGCUUUUGGCAUCAUCUUCUCAGUGGCAGUUUCUUCUGUUUUGGCUAAAACUACAAUUGUGGUUCUAGCUUUCAUGGCUACCAAGCCAGGAUCCAGGAUGAGGAAAUGGGUGGGCAAACAACUGUCCAAUGCCAUUGUUUUUUCCAGCUCACUUAUUCAAGUCAUUAUUUGCAUUGUGUGGCUAGGAACCUCUCCCCCAUUCCCAGAUCUUGACAUGCACUCAAUGACAGAAGAAAUUCUACUGGAAUGUAAUGAAGGCUCCACUCUCAUGUUUUACUGUGUCUUGGGGUUUCUAUUUUUCCUGGCUAUCAUUAGCUUUACUGUGGCUUUCCUAGCCAGGAAGUUACCUGACAGUUUUAAUGAAGCCAAGUAUAUCACCUUCAGCAUGUUGGUCUUUUGCAGUGUUUGGUUCUCUUUUGUUCCAACCUAUUUGAGCACCAAGGGGAAAUUCAUGGUGGCUGUGGAGAUCUUCUCCAUGUUAUCCUCCAGUGUUGGGUUGCUGGUCUGCAUCUUUUGCCCCAAGUGCUACAUGAUUUUGCUGAGGCCUGAUUUGAACAAUAAACAUCAGCUAAUGAGAGUAAAGAAGUAA